AGUACUUCCUCUUUGACCUCAUAGUUGGGAUGGUUGUGCUGCCUCCUUACAAAUGUGUUGUUGCUCUCGGUGGAGACUGAUUCAGUGUGUUGGUUUUUCAAGCUGUACGGCAGUGGUCGACUGAGCAGUCAUUGCUCAAGAUGGAGGUCAAGAAAAAGAACUUCUUGGGGAACCUGCGUCUGAAAACUAAGCUGGUCAACCUGAAGAAGCCUGGGAGAAAGAAACUAGGAAGAAAGCUGGCCCAUCGGCGCAGUAUCUCUGUACCAGACCUCAGGUUUGUGCCAGACGAAUCAUUUCCUGCUGACAACCCCGAUGGGUCCACUCCCUCUGAUGCCAUCUUUUUUGGCCACUCCCCUGGUCAAAGUGAUUCUGAUUCUGUUGCAAGUGGCUCGAUCGUUGAUGGACAACACAUCACAGACAAACCAUACGAUACAGUCUCAGAAAAUCAACUCCUCAGAGUUCCCAGAGAACGCACGGCUGCUGCUUUAAAAAGAAUAAGCGCACCAUCGGGGUCACAGAGCCUUUAUGAUGAAAUUGAUCAAAUGUCAUAUACAGGCUCAGAGAUCAAGCUGAAUAUUGCUCGAGAAGGCUUGUACGCUAAAGUCAACAAAGGAGCCAAGGGGAAUGCACCUAAAUUCCCCUUUGACCCUAUUCUUCGACCAAAAUCUCCUUUCCCAAAAGCACUUUCACCAAGACCAGACCUGGUAGAGAGAGAGAGUGUCUCUGGUGAAGACGCCACAGCAGACAGAUGGUCAUCAAGUGCUGUCGCUGCAGUUCUGGCCAGAGCAAGCUCAAUGGGAGACCAAAUUAACCCUUACAGAGAUAAGAGGCCCGCAUCAGUUGAGUAUAAAAAGUCCUCCUCUGAGAAAGGAACUCCACUACAAACCAGAGUAGCUCGUGCGGAUACAAUGUCUCCGAUGUUAGAUACUCUGGGUACUCCUUUGGAGAGGUCAGAUGGAACCUCUCAGGGCUCUACCUGUGGCUCUCCCAAUGACGAACAAGGCAAUAUGCCCUGGACAACAGAUUCGGAGGACCUGGACCGAGAACUUUGCUCUCCCUUUCUGAUGGGAGACUUCACCAACGAAGAGAUUCUGCUAGAAGAAAUACGAAAAGAGGAGGCCUUGGAAGAAACCGCAGAGAUGUCCAGUGAAACAUGCGAUUUAUUUGACGAAAACAUGCAAGAUAUUCUGGAAAGCUCUUCUGUUGUAACUGGGGAGACGGACAUCCAGGGACCCCUACCCUGCCAGCGAUACCUCCUGAGCAUCAACCUGAAGCAGGGAAGGAACCUGGUCGCCCGAGCCAAGCGGUCUGGUAGGUCAACAACAAGCAGGUCAUCAAUAAGGACCAGUGAUCCUUAUGUGAAGUUCAAACUUGAAGGAAAACAGUUUUGUAAAAGCAAAGUGGUUUACAAAAGCCUAAAUCCGCGGUGGAAUGAGACCUUCUUCCACGCUCUUCGAGACAGAGAGCAUGACGUGGAAGUUCGGGUCUUUGAUAAAAAUAGAACUGCUGAUGAGUUCAUGGGUUCCAGCACUAUUUCCUUGAAAAGUCUUGAAUUGUACAAAACAUAUGAAAUGGAGUUGCGUCUUGAUGAUCCAAAAAGUAAAGAAGAUGACAUGGGAGUUAUUAUUGUUGACAUCUGCUUGAUGUUUAGAGAUGCCACGAUCAAAAGAAGCCCAAGAUGGCCACCGAGGAAGAAUAAGCAGAACCCGGCCCCACCAACCCAGCGGCCAAGUGAGACGCAGAGAAAUCCGCUGAACAACCAGAAGUGGACAGGAGUGCUCCGUGUCACCUUGGUGGAGGGACUGGACCUGCCGCAGUAUGGCGACGGGGACAUCUACGUCCGCUUUCGACUUGGUGAUCAGAAGUACAAAAGCAAGAACAUCUGCGUUCAGGCCAAUCCCCAGUGGAGAGAGCAGUUUGACUUCAAUCAGUUUGAAGAUAACCAGGAACCUCUGCAGGUGGAGGUUUACUCAAAGAGAGGGAGGAAGGGUGAGGAAUCAUGGGGGAUGUUUGAGAUUGCCCUAUCGAGACUUCCACUUAAUGAGAGGCAGCUCUACACUCAUGUGCUGGACCCAGGAAAGGGCAGGCUGGUGUUUCUGGUCACCCUGAGACCCUGCUGGGGAGUCUCCAUCUCUGACAUUGAAACAGCUACCUUGGAGAGCCCUGAUGAGAGAGACACAGUAGAGAAAAAACUCAGCCUUAAGAACACACACAAGUGUGUGGGAGAGGUUGGUUUCCUUCAGGUCAAAGUCAUAAAGGCAAAUGAUCUUCCUGCCACAGACCUCAAUGGCAAAAGCAACCCUUUUUGUGUUGUUGAGCUCGGAAACAGCAAACUUCAAACCCACACAUUCUACAAGACCGUCAAUCCAGAGUGGAACAAAGCCUUAACAUUCCCAAUAAAGGACAUUCACGAUGUGAUAGAGUUGACUCUCCUCGAUGAAAAUGGAGACAAAGCCCCAAACUUUUUGGGGAAAGUAGACAUUCCAUUACUGACCGUUCAAAAUGGGCAGCAGAUAUGUCUGUUGUUGAAGAAAGAAGACUUGGGAAGUGCAUCAAAGGGAACAAUCACACUGGUGCUGGAUGUUAUCUACAAUAAAGUCCGAGCUGGUAUCAGAACCUUUAAACCAAAGGAGACAAAACUAAUGGAGGAAAACCAGAAAUUCUCCAAAAAGGUUCUUGCCCGGAAUAUAUAUCGGGUUCGAAAUAUCAGCACAGCAGUUCUGUACACGUUACAGUACAUUAAAAGCUGUUUUCAAUGGGAGAGCACGCAACGGAGUCUAAUAGCCUUUCUGAAUACUGGGAAUAUGACAAGCUACCUGUCCGCCAGCCAGCUGAAUUCCUCGGGGGUGAGGGGAGCGUCGCUUUCGAAUUGCCUCAUGGGAGCUGAGGUGACAACACAUGACAUCUUCCUUGUGACGGUGUGGCACUGGGAGCUCUUCAUGCUGCCCCUCUUCCUGCUGCUGCUCAUUGGCUGGCACUACUUCCAGCUCUCUGCAGGGAAGGCCAGCUCCAACCAGGACCUGGUGAACAUGAGCAUGGGUGACGAAGAAGAGGAAGACGAGAAGUUUCAGGAAUCUGGAAAGAAAGGUUUGAUGGAUAAGAUACAUAUGGUGCAGGAAGUAGUGCUGGUUGUCCAGAACGUUUUGGAGGAAAUCGCAAACAUCGGAGAGAGAAUCAAGAACAUAUUCAACUGGUCUGUCCCAUUCCUGUCGUGCAUGGCCUUCCUGAUGCUGUUUGUAACAACAGCACUGUUGUAUUAUAUCCCUCUUCGAUAUAUCGUGCUGAUAUGGGGCGUUAACAAAUUUACCAAGAGGCUGCGCAACCCACAUACUAUUGACAAUAAUGAAAUACUGGAUUUCCUCAAGAGGGUGCCUUCUGAUGUUCAAAAGGUGCAGCACAGCGCGAUCAGAGCGCCCACCAGCCAGAACCAGCCGCGGAAGAAAAGGUAAGCUUGGUGGACACGCUGGAUGAAAGGCUGCUCUUCUUUUUGAAUACGGUACAACGCGGCCCACCUGACAACAAUGCCUCAGUACCAGCAGAGCCUGUGACCCUGAGCCCCUCCCCCCCACACCACCCUAACUCUGCCCCCUGCUGCUGAGGGGCAGCCGGCCGCUCUCUGGUUUGUGUGUUUGCCACCCCCCUGACAGAGGCUGUGAACUGCAGCAGCGAGGAGGCCAGCACAUGGCGCUGUCAAUCACAAGCCUGGAGGUAAAGAAAAGAGAGCGCUGCGAGGCUGAGCCUUCAUCUUCGGAUAUCAUUUAGAAAAGGAAUGAAAAGCGUCGGGCUCGGCUUACCUUAGACCUCCACUGUUUUUUUUGGGACUUUGGUGAAACUAAGAAAUAUGCCUUCAGGUUAAGUUAAUACAGGCCUAGCAGUUUAUCAAAAACAAUCCAUGGAUUUUUUUUUCUUUAACCAUGUUAAUAUAAUUAAAGGACAUUUUGCAAUAGAUUUUUUAAAUAAUCAUCAAAAUAAUAUGUUUAGUUGCACAUUAAAAAUAUUAGGACAGAGUACUGAAUUUUACUUUUUUUUUUGUGGUAUGGAUUUCCUGUAUAUAAUAUAUUGCUUUCUUAAUUCUCUCUUUGAACCAAAUAUAUAUUUAUGUACUGCAAGUGUAUUAUUACCAGCUGCCUUUAUGUGUAUAUAUUUUUACUGAGUAUAUGUCUGCAUCAUCAAAUGGAGAAUUAGCAGAAAUGCUGAAUAAAGAGUGUGAUCAGU